AUGGCCAAACGUGGCAGAAAGCCCUUGAAUCGAGGAUGGCGCGUGCAGCAGCAGGGCGGGCAUGGCCAUAUGCAUGGCAUGCACGGCAUGCAGCAGCAGAAGUUUGAACGGCACAGGUCACAGCGCCUGAACCCAGAGCAGAUUGGGACGUCGGUGCACGACGAGAGUGACACCAUCUCAUUCCGCAACCACCUGCUUGCAAAUUACAUCCUGACCGCGGGAUGGAUGGACGCGCUGACGACACAAGCGGUACCUGUAAGCCGCAUUGGGCGGACGCCGCUGUACAGCGAGCUGCUGCGGCUGGACGAUCUGCGGGCGCGGAAAGCGGCCGCAGCCGAUGAGGUGGCGGCGCUCGAGGCACGCUUGGACUCGUGGGCGCCGGAUAGCGCGUUCCAGGAGGCAUACACGGAGCUAGAAAAGAGUCCACUGCACCAGGAGGCCGUGGAGCGUGCGCUGGCACGCUAUGAGCACCACUUCCGGCGCACUGCGCGCAUGCAGCAGUCCGUGGUGUUUCGGAGCUGCGGUGGGCGCCCGCAGCCGGCGGCCGGCUGCGCCCCGGAUAACUACUGGUCCGAGAUCUACCCGCGUCUGCGAGAACAGCGUGCACGCCGUCUGCUCGAGGAGCGAAAGCGGCGGCGCGAGGAGGAGAAGCUGAAGGAACAGGCUGGCGCGGAGCAGAUGCAGCUGCAGCUGCCGGCUGAUGCGGCAGCGGCAGCCAGCACCGCUCAUCAGGCACAGACGGCGGAGCCGCCCAGUGCCCAGAUGCUCGAUACGAUGUUCAACGAUAUUGACCAGGAACCCUUCAAUAACGGCUUCGAUGACGCCUUUGGCGAACUCGAUAGCGCAUUCUUCUAG